AUGUUCUUCAAGAUUCUUGUUCUGGUUUCUCUGCUAGCCGUUUCGGCUUACGCUCAAGUGACCAGUUUCGUGUACAACGGUUUCCAAUUGGGAAAGCUGAGCCUCGAUGGGAUGGCCUGGGUCACCGAUGGCCUCCUGAAUAUGGGCUACGACGUCAGACAGAAUAUGGGCCACGCCUUCCAUCCCGAGCCAGUCCAGUUCAAGAACUCGCCAAACGGCUCCGUCUUCUCCUUCUCCACCACGUUCGUCUUUGCGAUCCGACCUCGGUAUAAGGGUCUGAGCGGCCACGGGAUCGGCUUCAUGGUCAUGCCCCAGAGAGGCUUCCCCGGGUCCCUGUCUAGCGAAUACCUUGGCAUUUUCAACCAAACUGACCACGGCAACGCCACCAAUCAUGUGUUCGGGGUGGAAUUUGACACGUUCCAGAGCAGCGAGUUUAAUGACAUCAACGACAAUCAUGUCGGAAUUGACUUGAACGGGUUGAUAUCAGCAAAUUCAACUCCAGCAGGGUAUUAUGCAGAUGGUGGUGAGUUCAAGAACUUGACUCUAAUCAGUGGUGAAGAAAUGCAAGUUUGGGUGGACUAUAAUGGAACUGAAAAGCGGAUCGAUGUCACAUUGGCUCCGAUCAAAGUGCAAAAGCCAAACACUCCCCUUCUGUCUCUUACAUGGGAUCUCGCGUCAGUUAUCAACGAGAACAUGUAUGUUGGCUUCUCGUCAUCGACCGGUUCAACCCAAACUUCUUACUAUGUUAUGGGUUGGAGCUUCGGGGUAAAUGCAAAGGCUCAGGAACUUGCCCUGUCCCAACUUCCUAAGCUUCCUCAGGUCGGUAAAAAGGAUACGUCGAAGGUACUAACUAUUGGGCUACCAUGGGUGGUUCUUUUCCUCAUAUCAAUCCUGAUCUCAAGCGUGGUUUACGUGAUGAGAAGGAAACGGAAAUUUGCCGAGGUGCUUGAAGAUUGGGAGAGGGACUACGGCCCACACCGGUUGAAGUACAAAGACCUUUAUAUUGCAACAAAAGGAUUUCGGGAGAAAGAGCUAUUAGGGACUGGUGGGUUCGGUCGGGUCUAUAGAGGAAUCUUACCCACAUCAAACAUAGAGAUCGCAGUGAAGAGGGUCUCACAUGAAUCGAGACAGGGUAUGAGAGAAUUCAUAGCAGAGAUCAUCAGCAUCAGUCGGCUACGUCACCGCAACAUAGUGUCGCUCCUUGGUUACUGCCGUCGGAAAGGGGAGUUGCUCUUGGUUUAUGACUACAUGCCUAAUGGGAGCCUCGAUAGGUACCUCUAUAACCAACCAACGGUCACCCUAAAUUGGAGGCAAAGAUUUAGGGUGAUCAAAGGAGUGGCAUCUGGACUGCUUUAUCUGCACGAAGGCUGGGAGCAAGUAGUGAUCCACAGGGAUAUAAAGGCGAGUAACGUCUUGCUAGAUGCUGACCUAAAUGGAAGACUUGGAGAUUUUGGGCUUGCGAGACUAUACGACCACGGAGCCGACCCUCAAACGACUCACGUCGCAGGAACGCUUGGUUAUCUCGCCCCCGAACACACGCGUACCGGCAAAGCCACUAGGAGCACAGACGUGUUUGCAUUCGGGGUGUUUUUGCUUGAGGUCGCCUGCGGGAGAAGGCCGAUCCAGAAUGGAGAUGCGGAGGACACGAUAUUGGUGGACUGGGUAUUUUCUUGCUGGGACAGAGGUACCAUUCUCGAGGGCAGAGAUCCGAAGUUGGGGGCGGAGUUUGUGGAAGAAGAAAUAGAGUUGGUUCUGAAACUCGGGUUGAUGUGUUCCCACGCCGAGCCGCUGAUGAGGCCUAGCAUCCGUCAAGUUUUGCAUUACUUGGAGGGCGAUAUUCCAACGCCGGAGUUGUCGUCCAUCGGCGGCAGGUUAACAGUCGGUCAUCACGGAGGUUUUGAUGAUUUGGCUAGGUCUCCGUCCUCCAUGGAAGAGGCAUUUCAGCAAUCAUAUUCUGCUGUAGAAUCGCUUCUCUCAGGUGGGCGAUGAGCCUCAUAUUUUUGGUUUCUGAUCUUAUUCCAUGCUCUUUAUUUGGGGAAGAUCAAUAUGUCCUAUGCUCUAAGAGUCACUCUAUUACUAGUCGGUGAAAGGAUCGCUAAAAUACACGCUCUUAGUUCUGUUUUGGCUCAAA